UAAAUGUGUGUUUUUGUGAAAAAUCAAAUGUGGAGUUAAAUUUCCCGCUUCUUCCUCCGUGUCGUUACUUACGUGAGAAACUGUGCGCGUGUCAUUUUUCUUCAUGUUAGCAAAUUAGAGCAACGCUCACUAGCUACCAAACGAAGGGGGGAGUUUCCUGUCUCACUGCGGGAAUGCCAGGUGGAGAGUACGGGGAGCUCGGGGGCAGCCUCCCAGCCAUCGCCUCCCUAAAUGCUUCCUAUUCUGCAUCAAUGUCCCUCCCUUCCCCAUACCUGUUCCUGCCACCCACAGAGCGCAGGGCCAUCUCGGACGUCCGCCGCACCUUCUGUCUUUUCGUGACGUUCGACCUGCUCUUCAUCUCCCUUCUGUGGAUUAUCGAGCUGAACAUCUCCAGCUCAAUCAAGGAGAGCUUGGAAAAUGAGGUUGUCCAUUAUAACUACAGAUCCUCCUUCUUUGACAUCUUUCUCCUUGCAGUGUUUCGGUUCUUGUGUCUACAAGUGGGCUAUGCUGCCUUUCGUCUGAAGCACUGGUGGGUCAUCGCGAUUACCACUCUAGUGACCAGCGUCUUCCUCGUUGUUAAAGUCAUCAUAUCUAACCUUCGGGACAACACGUUUUCUCGCCCCACACAGCUCCUGUCCCAGAAUGCCUUUGGCUACGUGUUGCCCAUCACUUCGUUUGUGGUGGCCUGGCUGGAGACCUGGUUCCUUGACUUCAAGGUGCUCCCUCAGGAGGCUGAUGAUGAGAGAGCCUACCUGGCAGUGGUGAACGCGGCCUGUGAACGAGCCCCCAUGAUGUACCCCCGUGCCGUUUCAGACGGACAGUUCUACUCCCCACCUGAAUCUGUCGCAGGUUCUGAAGAGGACCUGGACGAGGAGGGUCUCGGACGCAGAGCUGUCACCGCGCAGGAGAAGGAGUAUGUCAGACAGGGUCGUGAGGCCAUGUCUGUGAUAGAACAGAUCCUCGCCCAGGAGGACAACUGGAAAUUUGAAAAGAACAAUGAUAUGGGCGACUCUGUCUACACUCUGGAGAUUCCCUACCAUGGAAAGACUUUCAUUCUCAAGGCCUUUAUGCAGUGUCCAGCUGAGCUCGUGUAUCAGGAGGUGAUUCUGCAGCCAGAGAAGAUGGUCCAGUGGAACAGAACCGUUUCCAUCUGCCAGAUCCUUCAGAGGGUUGAUGACAACACUCUGGUAUCAUAUGAUGUCUCCUCUGGAGCAGCAGGAGGAGUUGUGUCUGCGAGGGACUUUGUUAAUGUUCGGCGGGUGGAACGCAAAGGGGAUUGCUACCUGUCUGCUGGCAUAGCAACCGACCACGAAGCCAAACCUCCAAGCGGUCGCUACGUCAGGGGUGAGAACGGUCCAGGAGGAUUUGUGGUCCUCAAAUCAAGCAGUAACCCGUCCGUCUGCACCUUCAUCUGGGUCCUCAACACAGACUUGAAGGGCCAACUGCCCCGCUACCUCAUCCACCAGAGCCUGGCUUCCACCAUGUUUGAAUUCAUGACCCAUUUACGGCAGCGCAUCGCCGAGAUACGGCCCUCCCUACGCUCCCACCACCACACUUAGAACAGGAGAGACGUCUAACUGUGCCACGGCUGUCCGACAGUUGUCACUGCUCGUUUGUUUGUUUUUCUGGAGUGGACCAGUGGGCAUAGCGGUACCCCUGGUUUGCUACCCUGACUGAGAGGACUGCACUUCUGAGCAAAGGAGACCGCGCGUUUGUCCACAUUUCAGUCGAUGAAGAAGAGGAGCAGUUGGCUCAUCAAAGACAAUGUUCUUCUUCAUCCUUAAAAUGUGACUGUUGUCUCUGAAGCGUGAUCGCUUAUAGAUUUUCAUAUGGACCUGUAACUGUCUUGCCGUGUCCCCUCACUGUGCAGUGAGACCUGUGUUUCCUGACCAUGUGCAGUCAUUUUGUAGCAGAGUGGACUCGACUGAGACAAGAAAACCCAGUUGAGGACAUAAGCGGUUCUCACUGGGUCGGCAUCUGUCUCUCUUGUUACAAAUGAACUAAUGCAAUGGCUUGAAAGCAGCCAUCUCUCUGAGCCUUAUCUAACUGCACACACUGUUAGCCUUUUUUAUUUGCUGCUUUGGUUUGUGUUGUUUAGAUUUUUUUUUUUUUCUUUUCUGUGUAUAUUUUCAUCUUUGCUGCCCUGAAACAAAUCCACACUACACAGCCAUAUUUAACUCUUCAUUUGAAAGGGUAAAAGAAAUUUCAGCACGGCUUGUUCUCCUUCACUGAACUGUGGCAGUUGGGGAAAGAAGUCACUUCACGUUUGCUCACCACUAGAGGGAGACACCACUGAUCCACACAGUGACAGACUCUUGGUUUUACAUCCUCUACUAUCCCAGGGUGUUUUCCACUCAGGAUCAUCCAGGAGGUCAAACCAGGAGGCAGAUGGUGAUAAUGUUUUUAAAUUUGGAUGCUAUAUGACUUUUCAAUCUUUUUGUGCCAAUAACCUCAAGUGGCCUUGUGGUAAAAUGGCUGAGCUCAUCAAGAUUUGACUGUAAAAAUGUGAUUUCCAUGUGGAGGUUUUUCCCAUCACUUCUUGCAUCAUAGCAUCAUAGAACAUUAUGUUGUUUUUAAUCAUUUAGAAACAUCACUUCUGGCUUGUUAAGUUUUAGUUGUGUUUUUCAGAGACCGCACCUCAGAAAAUGAUGAUUUGUCAGUGCGUAUGUAAUGAAAAGUGAGAACAAGGUUGAGCUGUGGCUGUUGGUUCACAUUCUGGAACCAAAUGGACUGGAACCAAAGAGGGCGACUUCUUCUUUCUUGUGCCUGUUUCAGUCUUGAGGAACGAGGCAUGAGAACAACUUUUCUGAGCGUAUUUAGGGACGUAACUGUGAAGCUGUGUGUGUGAUGUGGUCAUUUACCACAUCACAGUCACGACGUGGCCUUGAGGCGUUUUAGUUAGCGAGCCCAGGUAUGUGUGGGUGCUGCAUUCACAGUCCGGGGUUAUUCCUUCAUAUGAAUUCUAAAACUGUUCAUCAUAUGUCAGGAUUUGAUUUGGGCAGCAUACUGUACAGAGGGAAUGUUAUAUGAAUUUAUGAAGUAAUUAAUGAUAUCAACAAUUUGGUGCCUUGAUCACAGUAACCUCACAUGUCGGCCUUUUCUUGUGCUUUGCUUUUAUUUCACGCUGUUAAUUCAAUGCUGCAGCGAAGCCUUCAGCAUUGAAAGAAAGUCUAACUGUAUUCACAUGCAGCCUGCCUGAGUGCUUCAGUUUCUGUUUUUUCAUCAGUGAUAUUAUCGGAAUGUACGUGUCUAUGGAUCAUUCACCAAACGUGUUUAUUUAAAGCCAUCGGAGGAAUACUGACCAACAGUUUCUGAGUCUUAACCAGUGUCUUCUGUCCAAUAAAAUGUAUGAACUCAU